AUGGCUUCUGAAUCUUUUGAGCCACAGUGGACUUGGCCUUCGGGGACUGACGAUGAGCGCCAGGGGGUGGAAAUGCCAACUUCAACAUCGCCGGCAGCUGACGCACCAUCACCCAACACUAACACUACCGGCACCUCAGACAGCUCAUCGCCGGGCCCGACGCCGACCCAGCGGCAGUGGCAUUACAAACCACGGACCUGCCGGAUCUGUCUAGAGGUUGUACAGCCCACGACCGAACUCGAUGAUUCAAUGGCGGGCAGGGUCUUUUCUUCCAAAGCCCGAGUCCGCUAUGUAUCCGAGGACUCGGAGCUCGGCCGGCUGCUCAGCCCUUGCAAAUGCAAAGGCUCUCAGAAGUAUGUCCAUGAAGGCUGUCUGCAGGCCUGGCGGCUCGCUGCGCCGCUCUCAAACCGGAAUUACUGGCAAUGCCCGACGUGCCAUUUUCAGUACCGCCUGGAGCGGCUGCGGUGGGGGCGCUGGCUGUCGAGCAAGGUAUUGCGGGCGACCCUGACGGUGCUCAUCAUGGUUGUUACCGUCUUCCUACUUGGAUUCGUUGCCGACCCGAUUAUCAACUUCUGGGUUGAUCCACUCGGCGGAAUUGCUGGCAGCCUCAUGAGUGACAUUGAGUUGGACGACGUUUUGGUAGCUGACGAUGAGCCGGCUACAUGGUCCUUGCAUUUUGUCAAGGGCUUCCUGUCUCUUGGCUUGUUGGGCUUCGCCAAGACUAUGCUGGCCAUGUCGCCGUGGAAUUGGAUCAAUGUACGGUUUGGAGGGCGUCGCAGGCGUGGCACGGGAAGAGACAGGAUGGAGUCUAUCAACUGGGCGCUUGUUGUCAUUGGAGUUCUCACAUUUCUGGGAGCAACCUGGAAGUUCGUGAGCCAUCUUAGUGCCCGAACCCUCGAGAAGGCUAGUGAUCGUGUUGUUGACGUCCAAGAGGAUGAUCCGGACGAGGACGAAAAGGACGACGGCGCGGAGCCAGAGCCUGUGACUCACGAGUCGAGGAAGGAUAGGUGACACCAGGAAAAAUUUAGCAGGAUGUACUAAUAGCAAUCCCGUCAUGACAUCGAGGUGCAGCCCUGUCUCGACGUUGAGUGCCACAUGAUCCCUUGUGACUGCACACUCUUAAGUUGCCACGGCUUCGCUUCCAUGCCGUGGCAGCUAGUCUGUGUGCAGAGAUGGAACUUCGCUGCCACCCUGGGAUUUGGGCGUAUUGCUCUGUUCCCAUCCGGGAUCUGGCACGAAAGUGUUAACAUCGGCCUCCAACGGAGGGUUCUUCGGAGCUCUGCUGUCUACGUCUGCUUCCCCGGCGCUUCUAGUCUCUUGAUGGGUUGCUGAAAGGCGAGGUUAAUACAUGUCGACCAACUACGUUUUAUGAUGGCUGUUCAGCGAUUUGAUAUCAUACCUCUUUCCUACAUCCUUUGUCCUAGGAUUGCCGUGCUUGGUGUGGAUGUCGACUCAUCCCUGAGUCUAUCCCACGCGUCUCUCAACCGCCGUCCUC